CCCAUGGAACUAAGGAAUCAAACGAGUGCAUCUGAAUUCAUUCUUCUUGGCCUUUCGGAAAACCCAGAACAGGAAACUCUCCUCUUUGCUCUGUUCCUCUGCAUGUAUUUAGUAACGGCCAUGGGAAACCUAUUAAUAAUUCUAGCUAUCACCUCUGACUCCCACCUCCAAACCCCCAUGUACUUCUUUGUGGCUAACCUCUCCUUAGUUGAUUUCUGCCUUACCACUGACACCAUCCCCCAAAUGCUGGUGAACAUCCAAACUGGGAGCAAGUCUAUCUCUUAUCCUUGCUGCCUGAUUCAGAUGUACUUUUUCCAUUUCUUUGGCAUUAUUGACAGUCUAUUAAUCGCUGUGAUGGCUUAUGACAGGUUUGUGGCCAUAUGUCACCCCUUGCAUUACACUACCAUCAUGAGCCCACGCCUCUGUAUCUUGAUGGCUGGUAGUCCUUGGAUAUUUUCCUUCUUCAUGUCCCUCACCCAUAUCCUCUUAAUGGUUCGCCUGGUUUUCUGUGGCAGCAAUGAGGUUCCUCAUUACUUCUGUGACCUCACUCCUCUGCUCCGGCUGUCUUGCACUGACACCACAAUGAACAAGGUUUUUGUGUUCAUUGUGGCAGGGUUAGUGUUAGCGAUUCCUUUUAUCUGCAUCCUGGCGUCUUAUGUUCAUAUCACUUUGGCCAUCAUGAGGGUUCCUUCAGCAAAUGGCAGGAAAAAAGCCUUUUCCACCUGUAGCUCUCACCUCGCUGUGGUCGCCCUUCUAUAUGGGACUACAAUUGGGGUCUAUCUAUGCCCUUCAUCUGUCCGCACAGCUGUGAAAGAAAAGGCGUCUGCUGUAAUGUACACUGCAGUCACGCCCAUGCUGAACCCCUUUAUUUAUAGCCUGAGGAACAGGGAUUUGAAGGGAGCCCUAAGGAAUCUUAUCAACAGAAAAAUCACCUCCUCUGCCUGA